CGGUUGAUUCAGAGACUGCGCGUCACACAGUGCUACGCGGACGCCUACGGAGCGUAGACGCGUUUUCCGAAUUAACGGAACGAGAUUACGCGGAAAAACUCAUAAGCGUUUUUCACAGGCACCAAAAGUUAUUUGAACUGUUUUAUGAACAAUUGUGAGUUGGACUGAGUGCGCAGUGUUUGGUUUUAUACUUGUGUGUGGUUUUCGUAUCUUUUGCUAAUGAAUCUUGGGAUGCGGAGUUGAAAAGGAUUUUUUGUUUGCUUCUGACGGAAAUAGCUGGUGGGAGGUAUGCGGGCGCAUAAGGUACCCGCUACCCUGCUACUGUUGCUUUUCGCAAUAGAAGCAAUGGACGCCAACAGAAGGAAGCAGAAAGACAAAACCCCACCAGCGACCAACAUCUGUGACAUCAGCGAUCGUGAUUCUAAGGUCCAUUGCUAUUGCGAAUAUAGUCAAGAGAUAAAUGAAGCUAUCAAAACAGAAUGCUGGGUCUUUAAUGGCGGUAUAGAGAAAUCGGAUCCACUUUGGCCGAGUUUCAUUUCUCAGUCGAACGUUGAGGUCCUAGCGUUUAAUGUAAGAGCAGACGGUGGUUUGGAUUUUGUGCCGUCCAAAGUAUUCAGGUAUUUAAGGAAAAUUAAGCAAUUCGCCAUAAAAUACAGCUCAAUAAGAAAAAUAGACAGCUACACCUUUGUCAACAUGACAUCAGUCAACGAAAUAACCAUGACCAAGAACCAAAUUGUGAUCUUGAGUAAGCAUUCAUUUUACAACCUGCCAAAUUUGACUGUACUUACUUUAGAUGAGAACAGGAUAAAUGAGCUGGCUUCGGAGACGUUUUACGAGCUUCCGUCUCUUCAGAAGCUGUAUCUGACAAGUAAUAACAUAAGUGUCAUACAUGAUGGCGCUUUCAAACAUCUAGUCAAUCUUGCAGACUUAGAACUGGACAGAAACAACGUGAGCGAACUGAAGAAGGAAUGUUUCGACGGCCUGGCCAACCUGAAGCGUUUAGAUUUAAGAAGAAACAAACUGACAGUCCUAAAUUCAUUCACGUUCACGGAGUUAUGGAACUUACAGUCGUUGUUGUUAGAUUAUAAUGAGAUUUAUAUCUUGGCUCAGAGGACUUUUGAUGGGUUAUCGCAAUUGCGGAAGUUGAGCCUGAGUCAUAACAAGCUUGUGACACUUGCUGAUGGACUCUUUGAAGGCGUCAGGGGAUUGUCAGCGUUAGACCUGCGGCAUAACAAGCUUAAAAGGUUCACGUUUGAUAAUCUAAGGCCCAUUUAUGAUAAUUUGAAGAAUCAAAAUAGCUACAUCUAUUUGAAAGGGAAUAAGCUAGCGUGCGACUGCCAUCUCGCAUGGAUGCAUAAGCUACGUCACGAGGCGAAGAGCGUCAAAGUACGAACCUCACUCGAGAAUUUCGUUUGCAAAUUCACGGGCGACCCAUCUUUGAGUUCACACUUUACUUAUUUCGAAAGGAAUAUUAUCGGCUCAAACGAUUUGUACGAAGUCGACGUCAAAAGUGAAAUGAAAGAUUAUUCGGAUAAUCCAGAUGAUUUUGUUCAUGAUGAAACGGAAGACACUUAUGUUGAUGAACCUAAAUCUGUUAAAGAAGACGAUGAGAGGACUCUUUUACAGAUACCGGUGGAGACGCUCCCCUGCCCUCAAGACGUGAAAAGCGUCACCGACCGUACUUACACGUAUCCUUCACAAAACGAGGCCAAAGAUUAUAGAAAUUUAAUACAAUCAACCUCGACUAGACUAUCAAUGAACAAACAGCUCUUGUUCAUACACUCCGCAUUUAUAUUAUUAUCAAUUUGUUUUUAACAUCUGGAUAAUAUUUACUUUUACUUUAAGUAAUUUUAGUUUAUAUUGUUGUAAUUAUACAUUUUUGCGGAAGGACAUUGCCCCAGUUACAUUUUCUACUUCGAAUUCUAUGGACUUAUGAAUAAUAUAAAUGUUACGUGUAAUUGUAAAAAUGUGAUAUAAUUUAAGUAAGUAUUUUUAAAUAAAACAAAAGAAAACAUUCUGAAAGUAAUACUUUCUCAAACGUUUUGUUUUUCACCCAUGUUGUUGUUAAAUUACAAAUAUUUUAUUAAAAUAAAUUAGUAAGGGUACAAUGUAAAAUGUCUUAGAUAAUAAUUUAUAUAAUAUUAAUGUAAAUAAUUUGAUGUAAAUAAAUAAACUUAGAUUUUUUCACCGCUAGUCAUAAUCCUAUGUUAGGACAUCUCAGUAUGACAGUUUCUGUAAUGUAUUAAUUAUGUUGUUGUUAAUAUAAUUUGAUGGAAAAUCUUAUUUCAGUUUUAUACAAAAGAAAAACGUUCAGAUAACUAACCCUGAACGCCUUAACAAUAAUGCUCUAGUUCAAAUGUGCCAUUUAGAUUACUAAGAAGCUAGCCCAAGUUAGCUAGCUAGUCACUGCUCAUUAAAAACCAAAAAGAAAUCGAAAGUUUGCAAAUUUAUAUCAACGAUAUCUUAAUAGUUUACAAUGAUUACAAUUUUCAAUACCUUUCAGGUAUCUAUACUAAUAUUAUAAAGAGGAAAGAUUUGUUUGUUUGUUUGUUUCGAAUAGGCUCCGAAACUACUGGACCGAUUUGAAAAAUUAUUUUUCCAUUAGAAGCCGGCAUUGUCCCUGAUGAACAUAGGCUACUUUUUUUAAUUUUUAUUUUUUGGUUUCAUGUGUGUUUUAAUGUUUCCGAAGCGAAGCGAGGGCGGGUCGCUAGUCAUAAAUAAAAGAAGUGAGUGUGUCCAUCGGUAUUUUCUGUCAGAAACGCUACAGUAAUUCUGUAAAUGGUAUAAGCAGCGGUGCCGAAUAAGCUCGCUGAGUUCUCCACAUAAUACCGCACCCAAUAACACACAACUAACAUUAAUCUUUUAGACUCUCGGAUCUGUGGAAGUCCCGUUGAAUGGUUCUAUUUUUUGCCAUAAAACCAAUAAAAAUCGGAACGUUAAAAGCAUUUACAACUAAUGCUUGCUUUUGGAAUGUUGCCAAUUUCACUUAUUUUAUAUUUAGGUCGUGAUGCAAUGCCCCACGAUGUGGUCUGUUGAGCGUGGACUGUAGGUACAUAGUUUACCGCACUACUCAAAGAUUAUCGCUAAAUAUGAAACACUCAUUUGCAUUGUAAGCAGCAGUGUGGCACAAGGACAAACCUUGGCCCUGUGCGACAGUAAUGAGCAACAAUAGACAACAGGACACUUAUGACGUGACAAACUAAAUAGUUUUUUAAACUAAUUUUAAUUAAAAAUAAAUAGAUUAUGGAUUUUAUUUAUAUUAUAUUUUAAAAGCGCUAUUGAUCAGUUGUAGUUGUCUUUAUGUACUCGCGGUAACUACAAGUAAUUUAUUGUAACUUUUUUUGUUCAGCCCACCUACUUCCACAGUUGGACAUAGAUAGACCUGUCAUAAGUUUCACCACAAUAAUCGUUCACGAUUUCUUGGAAUUAAUUAUUCAGAAAUAAAUCCAUACAUAAUAUAUAUUCUUAUAUAAAAAUGAAUUGCUGUUCAUUAGUCUCGCUAAAACUCGAGAACGGCUUGACCGAUUUGGCUAAUUUUGGUCUUGAAUUAUUUGUGGAAGUCCAGGGAAGGUUUAAAAGGAUAAGAGGAAGAUAAAUAUGAAAAUGCUCGGAAUUAAAUAAAAAUAACAAUUUCGUUUUUCCUUUUUCCUUUGAUGUGUCCCCCGUCGGACGGAUUCCUUUUGUUUGCUUUAAGUUUAUUUUAUACAAAAGUUUAGGUCUUUUAUUUCUCGAUUGAGGCACUACGAAGUCUGCCGGGUCAGCUAGUUCUAAUAUUUUUCACUUUGAUCUAAACACCUAUUGCUUUUGUGACUGGUAAUAUCGUUUUAGCUUGUGACACGUGAAAUGAAGUUGUGCUCAGUCAAGUGACUUCUCUGUUUGAUGGGCUGUAAGUUCCUUCGCCUCUAAUGGUAAUCCAAAAUUUGUAUCGUUACUAGCUUCUGUUCUACGUCGAUGUUUUGCAAACGCUAACAAUUAUACAAAGCGUCCAGUCAUUCGCAUGAGCGAAGCUUGCAAGCGUGAAUGGUAAACACAUUACUCAUGGCAGGAUGUGUUGUGAGCUAGCACGUAAAUUUACUUCCAUUCUACCUGUUCCUGCCAUGGAAUAUUCGAGCCUUUCUACCAAAUGGAUAGUCGUGAUUAUAAUAAAACUGAGAGUUCAACCUCAAGCCUCAAGUUGGGCAUUUAGGGUCGAAAACAGGUAAUCAUCCAGAUAGCAUGCAGGCACUUUUGUAUCUUUAAAUAACAAAUUUAAGUUAAUUUAUUUAAAAGAUCUUUUGAUGAAUUUAUGAAUUAUUUUGUUAAUUUAAUUGCCUUAGUUUUAAAAUUUAAAAAAAUAAAGUAUUUUUUAGGAUAUAAGACACCUCACCAUAUACAUGAGACAACUAAUUUGAAUACGCGUUUUAAUUUGACGAGAUCUCACCUCGAUUUCCGCGGUUUCUGUAACAGCGCUCAAAUGUCCAAAACAGAACAACUAUACUUGAGACCUUAGAAUUUGUAUCUCAAGGUGGGUGGCGCAUUUACGUUGUGGAUGUCUAUGGGCUCCACUAACCACUUAACACCAGGUGGGCUUGAGCUCGUCCACAUAUCUAGAAAUAACAAAAAAAAAAAAAAAACAGAAGAGAAUAAAACAUCGUAUUACAUGCUAAUUAAAUCUUUCAACAAUGCGUUUGCACAAGUAUAAAAAUAAAACUGACAUUUGUUGAAAAUAAAUAUAUAUUUUUUCAAUAGUCACACGAGAUUUGUCCAUUAAUUCAAUGGUGUAAAACACAUUGUUUCACAUUUAUAUUCCGACACUUUGUAGUUAGCACUACGUGGGUUGUGAGUUGUGUAAAGCUAAUAAUAAUUAAUCUUGGUGGAUAAUUCUUGUGUGACAUUUGAAAAAUUAGCUUUAUUUUUUUUUAUAAUUAGCAAAUAAGUAUUUGGCUUAUUGGUUUAAUGAUUUUGAAAUUCUUUUCUCAAUUACAAUAAAUAAUUCAUCAUUCAAAUAAAAAUUCCAAAAUCAUUACAAAUUUCAAACUCGAUUUACUAUAUAAGUAAAUAUUAGUAAUAAUUAAGAUAUCAAUAAAUAUUAAAAUUGGUAAGUGUAAAUAAAAAAGAAAAGUUUGUAAAUUCUAAUGCAUUAUUAAUUUAAAAACAAUUUCAUUAAAGGUUGAUGUUUGA